UUCUGUUACAUUUUCGUCAAAACCCUAACGAGCCACAGAGAGUAAGAUCGAGUGAAAAUGGUGUCCGGUUCAGGUGCCUGCGCGAAGAGGGUGGUGGUCGAUGCAAGGCAUCACAUGCUUGGAAGACUUGCAUCGAUUGUUGCAAAGGAGCUUCUAAAUGGUCAGAAGGUUGUUCUUGUUAGGUGCGAAGAAAUUUGCAUUUCUGGUGGUCUGGUUAGGCAGAAAAUGAAGUACAUGAGGUUUCUUAGGAAGAGGAUGAACACUAAGCCUUCUCACGGGCCUAUUCAUUUUCGUGCUCCUUCUAAGAUCUUCUGGCGAACUGUUCGUGGAAUGAUUCCACACAAGACAAAGAGGGGGGAGGCGGCACUUGCUCGAUUGAAGGUUUAUGAGGGUAUUCCACCACCUUACGACAAGAUUAAAAGAAUGGUGGUUCCAGAUGCACUCAAGGUGUUGAGGCUCCAAAAGGGACAUAAGUAUUGUCUGCUUGGACAGUUGUCUUCAGAGGUUGGAUGGAACUACUACGACACCAUCAAGGAGCUGGAGAAGAAGAGAAAGGAGAGGGCACAUUUGAAUUAUGAGAAGAAGAAGCUACUCAACAAAUUGAGGGUUAAAGCUGAGAAGAUUGUAGACGACAAGCUUGCUCCCCAACUUGAAAUCCUUGCUCCAGUUAAGUACUGAGCUGAGUAGACGGUAGAUGUGAAGCUUGCUCCUCAACUUGAGUUAUUCGGUUAAGUACAAGCUGUAUUCGGUAGCUUUUCAAAGUCUUGCUUUUGAAGCACAAUAUCAAAUUGAACUUGAUUUCAGUUUUGUUUGUUAUUCUAUGUUUGUUGGAUACAUUAAAAAUAUGACAAUUUUGAAAGUUUUGCUUUUAAAUACAAUUUUUAUGUCAUUCCAGUCUA